AUGGAUGCUGCGGCCGCACACAGUCCCGCGGAGGAGCUGUCUCUGGAGGAGAUAUUGAGGCUUUAUAACCAGCCCAUCAACGAGGAGCAGGCAUGGGCGGUGUGUUUCCAGUGCUGCCGGACCAUGGCGAUGGGUUACCGGGCCUCCAGGAGCACCUCGACCGCGACUGGAGCGUCCUCUUGCCCCGGGAAGAUCUCAGGGCUGAGGGAUGUGAUGAUACUUAAAGAUGGAGCUAUACGUGUGGAGCAUCAGGCAUGUGAAGGAAAAUUCAGCCCUUGCACAACAGCAGAGGUGAUUGAGUCUCUGGGAAUCAUGAUCUACAAAGCCCUGGACUUUGGUCUUAAGGAGAAUGAGGAGCGAGAGCUAAGCCCACCUCUGGAACAGCUCAUUGACCUCAUGACCAACAUGGCUGACACUGACCCCUGUCCCGACGAAGGAUAUGAGGCCACCGAGGAGGAGGACGAGGGCGAAGACCACUCUGACGGCCUUGGCAGUGUCCACGGAUACAGGGAUAUACUCAAGUUGUGUACAGCUCACCUGCCCAGUCUGUCCGAUGCCUCCUGUCACUACCAGGCUGUGUGCCGGGCUCUUUACACCGAAACUAGGGAGUUACACACAUUUUUGGAUAAGAUCAAAUCUGCAAAAGAGAAUUUACGAAAAAUGGAGGAAGAUUCUUCAGAGCGUGGUCGGGAGCUCAAUGAACUACAAAAUGCUGAUUGGGCGCGCUGUUGGGUGCAGGUGAUGCGUACCCUGCGUGACGGCGUGAAGCUGAAGAAGGUGCAGGAGCGACAGUACGACCCUCUACCCAUCGAGUUCCAACUCACGCCCUACGAGAUGUUGAUGGACGACAUCCGCUCCCAACGAUACAAGCUGCGCAAAGUCAUGGUGAACGGGGACAUACCUCCGAAGUUAAAGAAAAGUGCCCAUGAAGUCAUCCUCGAGUUCAUCCGAUCUCGACCUCCUCUGAACCCUGUCUCUGCUCGAAAGUUGAAACCUCCAGCGCAGCCCCCUCCCACACUUCACGAGCGAAUCCUGGAGGAGAUCAAGUCUGAGAGGAAGCUGAGGCCUGUGUCCCCAGAUUUGAUCCGUAAAAGCCGGCUUGUAAUUCGGCCACUUAGCAUGUCUGUCAGUUUUGAUGCGUCAGAUGAGUUCAGUCCAUAUAUGGGCAGGAGGACGUCCAGUACCCUGUCGUUGCUGACCAUGGCAGGUACAGGAGAGGGCAGAUCCAGGACCGAUGCUCCGGGGUCCCAGUCGGUCCCCCCGAGAAAGAGGCUUCUCAAAGCUCCCUGUCUGUCUGAGCUUGACAGUUCAGACUCUGAUGAUGAUAUGCUUUUACGCACUUCUGCAAGCAGCUCCAGCGUAGCCACAUCAAUGAUGGAUGAUACCUCACCUGAAUCUGUGAUCGGCAAAAUAACGUCUCCCAUGUUCUUGCCGAUUUCGUCCACCCCUCAGCCAGAGAGACGUCAGACCCCGCAUAGAAGACACUCCAUAGAAAAAGAAACACCCACCAACGUUAAACUGUUCCAGCCGCCCUCCAAAAAGAGCUCCAAGUCUCUGGAGGAGUUCUGCUUCCCUGUGGAGUGUCUUUCUCUUACUGUGGAGGAAGUGAUGCACAUUCGACAAGUUUUGGUCAAAGCCGAGCUGGAGAAGUUUCAGCAGUACAAAGAUGUUUACACAGCUCUCAAGAAGGGCAAGCUUUGCUUCUGUUGUCGGACAAAGAGAUUUUCCUUUUUUACGUGGUCCUACAUUUGUCAAUUUUGCAAAAAACCCGUUUGUUCACAAUGUUGCAAAAAGAUGCGGCUGCCAUCAAAACCCUACUCCAGCCUGCCCAUUUAUUCCAUCGGAUCGACUAAUACUCUGCCCCGAGACCGAGUAACCGCCAUGGUUUCAGUGGGACAGGGGCUCUCUGUGGCGCCAGGACCGUCCACAGGUGCAGAGAUGGCCGAAGCAUCACCAUCUCCAAAUGUGCGGGCCGCUCGGUUCAAAGCAGCAGGGAAGGCUUCUACUGUGACAUCUGCUCCUCAGCCUCCGAAAGGGGACAAACCCUCCAGUGGCCCACAACGACACGGCCUGCACAAGACUAUGUCCAAAUUAUCCAAACAUGGCUCUCUAAAGUCGCACGAGGAGCUGGAGCUUCCCUCUGAGCUGACGGAGGACUGGGCCUCAAUGGAAGUCUGUGUCGACUGUAAGAAGUUCAUCACCGACAUCAUCGCCUCCAGCAAGCACAGUCUCUCCCUGGCCACCAAGAGGGCUCGCCUAAAACGCAAGACCCAGUCCUUUUACAUGUCCUCUCCUAAAGGAAGAGAGGAGUACCGGCCUUCAGAACGAACAAUUAAUGAAAUAUAA